AUGGCUGUGUGGGAAUGUGGUUCAGCGUUUGGUCCCAUUCCGCGGCAGCAGGUGGCGGACCGUGUCGGCCGGUUGCCCGGACAGCCACCUGUCAGUUUCAGGCAGUAUGCCGGCUAUGUCACUGUUAACCAAACUAAUGGCAGAGCCCUGUUUUAUUGGUUUUUUGAAGCCACCAAGCAACCCCAUAACAAACCUCUCGUCCUCUGGCUCAACGGAGGUCCUGGAUGCUCAUCAAUAGGCUAUGGGCAAUAUGAAGAGCUGGGACCUUUCUAUCCUCAGAAGAAAGGGACAAAGAAGCCAGAGCUCAAGUUCAACAACCAUACAUGGAACAAAGCGGCCAAUUUACUGUUUUUGGAAUCUCCCGUUGGCGUUGGAUUCUCAUAUACAAACACAACUAGUGAUCUCAGUGGCCUUGGUGACAAUAUUACAGCUUUGGAUUCCUACAACUUUUUGGUGAGCUGGUUCCGAAGGUUCCCACAAUAUAAAUCUCACGACUUUUACAUUGCUGGGGAAAGUUACGGAGGGCAUUACGUCCCUCAGCUUGCGAACCUUGUUGUUGAGAAAAACAAAAUUGCACUUAAAGACGACAAGAUUAACAUCAAAGGAAUUUUGAUAGGGAACGCUGUGCUGGACGAUGAAACAGAUCAAAAAGGAUUGAUAGAGUAUGCGUGGGACCACGCGGUUAUAUCGGAUGCAUUGUAUGAUGAGAUUAAGAGAGAAUGCAAUUUCAGCAGCUUCAACUUGACCACGAAAUGCAAUGAUGGCCUGGAUAAAAGGAGGCCGUUAUCUGGGUAUGACCCUUGUGCAUCAUCGUAUACUUCAAUUUAUUUGAACCGAGCUGAUGUCCAACGUGCUCUUCAUGCUAACGUCACUGGACUUAAUUAUCCCUGGACACACUGCAGCGAUGCUAUCACCAAGUGGAAUGACGCACCUUUCUCCAUACUCCCUAUUCUGAGACAACUUAUUGCUGCGGGCCAACGCAUUUGGGUUUUCAGCGGAGAUACAGAUGGUAGAGUACCAGUUACAGGAACGAGGUACAGUUUAAGAAAGUUGGGUUUGCGCGUGAAACAGGAUUGGACUCCAUGGUAUACAUACAACCACCAGGUUGGUGGAUGGAGAGUUGAGUACGAUGGCUUAACCUUUGUGAGUGUAAGGGGAGCUGGGCAUCAGGUUCCUACUUUUAAGCCAAGACAAGCCCUUCAGCUCCUCCGACAUUUUCUCAAUAACCAAACCCUUCCCUCUCAACCCUUUUGA